UGACAGAAUUUGUGGGAUAUGGCGAACUGCAGCAGCUGUGGCGAUCCUUAGGCAGACUCCCAGAAAACCUUGUCAAGAUCUAUUUGGCACAGAUUGCACUUGCACUUGAUUUCCUUCAUAACACUGGGAUUAUCUACCGAGAUCUGAAAAUGGAAAACAUUUUACUGGAUGCAGAUGGUCAUAUAAAGAUUAUUGACUUUGGUCUAGCAAAAUGGCUUAGCUAUGGUGGAAGGACCUCCACAAUCUGUGGAACUUUGCAGUUCAUGGCUCCAGAAGUUUUGAGGGGAGAGGAAUACAAUCAUAGUGUGGAUUGGUGGUCUCUUGGUAUCAUCAUUUAUAGCCUCUUAACGGGUCAGUAUCCAGUCAGUGGGUUUGAUGAUCAUAUAACAAUGAAUCUAGCAGUUGCAAAAUAUGAGUAUGAACCUCCAGAGUGUGCAUCUCCUGCUAUGAGGUCAGUCAUUUCCAGCCUUCUGAACCGAGACCCCAUGGCUAGACUCCACUCUUUCUAUCAGCUGCAACGUGAACACCUCUUCCAGGAUUUUGAUUUCGAUGAAGUUCGGGAGAAAAAG